GUGCACGAGGGAGGCAGAGAGAUAGAGGGAGAUGGCGACCGAGGCGAGCAACGGGAAUGCGUGCUGCGCGAAGGGGCCGGGGCACGCGUCCCCGCUGGAUGCCAUGUCCGGCCCCAGAGAGAAAAUCCUCUACGUCACUUGCGUCUACUCCGGAACUGGAAUAGAGAAGCCCGACUACCACGCCACGGUGGACGUGGAUCUGGACUCGCCCAGCUACUCGAAGGUCAUCCACAGGCUCCCCGUGCCCUACCUGGGCGACGAGCUCCAUCACUCCGGAUGGAACGCGUGCAGCUCUUGCCAUGGGGAUCCGUCGGCUGACAGGCAUUUCCUGAUCCUGUUAUCUUUGAUAUCCGGCUGGAUAUAUGUGAUCGACACAAAAACCAAUCCUCGAGCUCCAGCUCUGCAUAAGGUUGUUGAUCCAAAAGACAUUAUUGAGAAGACUGGACUUGCUUAUCCGCACACUUCCCAUUGCCUCACAUCUGGUGAGAUCAUGGUCUCGUGCCUCGGUGACAAAGAUGGAAAAGCCAAGGGAAAUGGCUUUCUGCUCCUGGAUUCAGAAUUCAACGUGAAAGGAAGGUGGGAGAAACCUGGGCACAGUCCCCUCUUCGGUUAUGAUUUCUGGUACCAACCCUGGCACAAGAUGAUGAUCAGCUCAUCAUGGGGGGCUCCUUCAGCUUUCACCAAAGGUUUUAACCCUCAGCAUGUGUUGGACGGUCCAUACGGGAGGCAUCUCCAUGUGUACAGCUGGCCUGAUGGUGAACUCAAGCAAACACUGGACCUGGGCGACACUGGCCUCAUACCGCUCGAGAUAAGAUUCCUGCAUGAUCCUUCCAAGGACAUGGGAUAUGUUGGGUGUGCAUUGAGCAGCAAUAUGGUGCGCUUCUUCAAGACCCAGGACGGCUCGUGGAGCCAUGAGGUGGCUAUAUCAGUUGAACCUCUGAAGGUCCAAAACUGGAUCCUUCCCGUAAUGCCUGGACUCGUAACAGAUUUCUUGAUAUCGCUAGAUGAUCGUUAUUUGUACUUUGUGAAGUGGCUUCAUGGGGACGUGAGGCAGUAUAACAUUGAAGACCAUGAACAUCCCGUGCUCGUAGGCCAAGGAUGGGUCGGGGUGAUUCAGGAGGGAGGCGGCAUUGUGGCAGAGAAAGAAGAUGGUACGGCAUGGCAAGUUGACCUUCCUGAGAUAAAGGCGAAUAAACUCAGAGGAGGACCCACAGCAACGCCAGUGACAAUGGCCACAGGGAGCCUCCGCUCUCUGGCCCUCCUCCUCCAGCUCCUGCUUCUACUCAGCGGAGGUGGCGCCUCUGCCAAGGACUGCACCGUCAUGUCCAAGAUCCUCGUCGCCCUCAAGCCGUCAGGCUGGUCCUCGAGCCAGGCCUGCUGUAACUGGAAAGGCGUCAGCUGCGACUCCUCCAGCCGGGUCACCGGCAUAAACCUCCCUUCCUCAUCCCUCUCUGGCGCCCUCCCCUCAGAUCUUUCAUUCCUCUCCCAUCUCCAAACCAUCUCCCUCCACAAUAACCUCCUCUCCGGCGCCAUCCCUUCCUUUGCCGGCGUUGCCUCCCUCCAGACCCUCUACCUCAACAACAACAACUUCACCUCCAUCACCUCCGGUGCCUUCCAGGGCCUCACCAGCCUCCAGACCCUCAACCUCAGCAACAAUCUCUGCCUCGCCCCCUGGCAGAUCCCGCUGGAGCUCAACGCCUCGACGUCCCUCGUCACCCUCUACGCCACCAAUGCCAACAUCGUCGGCCCAAUCCCGGACUUCCUUGGUUCCCUCCCUAGCCUGGUGAAUCUGAGGAUCUCCUAUAACAACCUCACCGGGCCCCUCCCCUCCUCCUUCGGCACUUCGGGGAUCAAGAUCCUCUGCCUCAACAACCAGGCGAUGGGGCUUUCCGGUGGCAUCAGCGUGUUGGCCGGGAUGACCCAACUGCGCCUGGUCUGGCUUGAGAACAACCAGUUCACAGGUCAUCCCGAUCUCUCGCAAUGCACUAAUUUGUUUGAUCUCCAGCUUAGGGACAACCAGUUCACUGGGGUUGUGCCCGCCUCGCUGUUGGCACUCCCCAGCUUGAAGAAUGUGUCCUUGGAUAAUAAUAAGUUGCAGGGUCCCGUCCCUAGUAAUAGAAGUGGAAUUGACAUUACCUAUGGGGGUACCAAUAGCUUUUGCAACAGUGCGCCGGGCCCUUGCGACCCGCAGGUUACUAAGUUGCUCCAGGUGGCCAGUGUGUUGGGGUAUCCGAUCACGCUGGCGGAUUCUUGGACUGGGAAUGAUGCUUGCCACGGCAGCUGGAGUGCCAUUUCUUGCCAGGGGAAGAAGGUGACUGCUGUUACCUUCUCAAAGCGGGGAUUUAGUGGGACCAUCUCGCCCGCUUUUGCAGAUCUCACCUUGCUCGACACGUUGCUGUUGAACGAUAAUAAUCUUACUGGCUCUAUUCCGGACAGCUUGACUACGCUGACUCAGCUUCAGGUUCUUGAUGUGUCGAACAAUAAUCUCAGUGGGUUGAUACCUGUUUUCCCAGCCUCAAUGAAAUUGACUACUACUGGUAAUCCGUUAAUUGGUGGCGGAGGAGGUUCGAUUGAUGGUGGCUCACCUGGAAGGUCAAAUGGUUCUUCACGUUCAGCUGGUGUAAUUUUUGCUGUCGUCAUCAUAGGCAUCCUUAUUUUUAUUGGGGUGGUGGUGGUUGGCUUUUACAAAUACCAUUACAUCAUCCCAAGACACAGGAACGUUAAUAGGGUAGACAAUCCGGGAAUAGGGAUGGAAGUAGCUAACAACGGGGCCGGAAAUGGUAUGAAUGGUUAUGGUGGGGUUUCAAGUGAAUUGCAUGGCCAAAACAGGGGGGACCAUAGUGAUUUUCCUGUUUUUAAUCAAGGAAAUGUUAAAAUUCCAAUUAAAGACCUUAGACAAGCGACUAAUAAUUUUAGUGAAGAGAACAAAUUAGGAAGUGGUGGUUUUGGUGUUGUUUACAAAGGGGAGUUGCCCGAUGGCACCAAAAUUGCUGUUAAAAGAAUGAAUCCUGAGGCAAAGGACACCAAGAGAAUGAAGGGAAUCCAAACUGAGAUUUUGAGAAUGAAGGGAUUCAAAGCUGAGAUUGCAGUACUUACAAAAGUGAGGCAUAGGCAUUUAGUCAUGCUUUUAGGGUAUUGUAUCAAAGGUCAUGAGAGGCUUUUAGUGUAUGAAUAUAUGCCACAGGGGACUCUUGCGCAACAUUUGUUUGAGGGGCAAGAGAAGGGAUAUGCACCUCUGACUUGGAAGCAAAGGAUGACCAUUGCUUUGGAUGUUGCUAGAGGAGUGGAAUACCUGCACAGUUUAGCCCAGCAAAAAUUUACCCAUAGGGAUUUGAAGCCAGAAAACAUACUGCUGGGAGAUGACAUGAGAGCCAAAGUUGCUGACUUUGGUUUGGUUAAGCAUGUUCCUGAUGGGAAGCACUCUGUGGAGACACAGUUGGCUGGAACUUUUGGGUAUUUAGCUCCUGAAUAUGUAGCCACUGGAAAGGUAACUACAAAGGUCGAUGUUUAUGCAUUUGGUGUUGUCUUGAUGGAGAUCAUUACUGGUAGAAAAGCAUUAGACAACACCGUGUCGGUUGAGAGGGUGCAAUUGGUCGCUUGGUUCCGUAGAGUUCUAAUUAACAAGGAAAACAUCCGGAAAGCUAUCGACCAGACUCUUGACCCCGAUGAAGAAACCUUAGAGAGCAUAAUCAAAGUUGCCGAGCUGGCUGGUCAUUGCACUGCUCGGGAACCGUUCCAGAGACCGGACAUGGACCAUGCGGUCAAUAUUUUGGGUCCCGCCGUGGAGCAAUGGAAACCAACUAGCCAUGAUGAAGAAGAAAGCUCUGGUAUCAACCUCCACAUGAACCUUCCUCAAGCCUUGCAAAGAUGGCAAGCUGACGAAGGCACUUCCUCCGUGUUCAACUCUAUGUCCUUCUCCAAUACGCAGUCUAGCAUUCCGCUGAAACCUUCGACGUUUCCAGACUCGUUCAGUUCAACUGAUUGCCGGUGAGGAAAGUAAUGGGAAAGAAUUUGGUCUGGUUGGCCAUGUAAAGUAUUUGAUGAAGCGGGUUGCCAGUGGAUAGAGAGAUCAAGAUACUCUCAUGAAAAGUCGCUUCAAGGCUGUUGAAAAUAGACACUGCAGCUGGCUGUAUGAGCUAGUGGUCAUGAUUGGUACAAUGCAAUUUUGCUUCGAUAAGUGUAUGUUUUCCUUCCAAUCCUGAGUCGAUACAAAUUCGCCACUUCUCCCCUUCCCGCCCUUUUUGUAUAUGAUCUCCUGUUUUUUCAUUCUUGGAUUCCUUGAGGAAAUGAUUGACUUGAGGAUGCUUAUCAGAGAAAGCGAUAUUAAAUUUGCCUGAAAUUGUCUUCCCACACUCAAUGUUUCUUGCUCUUGUCACAAAACAUGAAUAAUUGCUGCACCAGUUCUUCGCUCCGUGCAUCACCUUGUGUCGAUAUCAUUCCUCAGAGUGUCAUAGAGCA